GUCAAUGCAGCAAAAGUCUGCACGCUCCAUCAUCAUCAUCCCAGGUGAAGCCGGAACGAGAUGCAAUGGCCACUCCAUCUCCAGCCAAGAGUAUGGGAGACCCAGGCAUCACGCCACUCUCCCCCACACAUGCACUGAAUGAUUCAGAACAGAAUGAGCCCCCGAGACACCAUUUUGUGGUGGUGGUGGCCAUCGACUUCGGCACCACCUCCAGUGGCUACGCAUAUGCCUUUACUAAAGAACCGGAGUGCAUUCACACCAUGAGGCGUUGGGAGGGUGGAGACCCGGGUGUGUCCAAUCAGAAGACACCCACUACCAUUCUACUGACUCCAGACAGGAAGUUCCACAGUUUUGGUUAUGCAGCAAGAGAUUUCUACCACGACCUGGAUCCCACAGAGUCUAAACAGUGGCUUUACUUGGAGAAGUUUAAAAUGAAACUGCACACAACUGCUAAUUUGUCGAUCGACACAGAUCUGCAUGCGGCCAAUGGGAAAAAGGUGAAAGCUCUGGAUAUAUUUGCAUAUGCGCUGGCCUUUUUUAAGGAGCAGACCCUUAAGGAGCUGAGUGACCAGGCAGGAGCGGAGUUUGAUAAUGCUGACGUCAGAUGGGUCAUCACUGUACCGGCCAUCUGGAAGAUGCCGGCCAAGCAGUUUAUGAGAGAGGCAGCGUAUAAGGCUGGUCUGGUUUCCCGUGACAUCCCCGAGCAGCUGAUCAUUGCUCUUGAACCCGAGGCUGCGUCCAUUUACUGCCGAAAGCUCCGCCUCCACCAAAUGGUUGAUUUGGGCACCAAAACAGCCCUGAAUGGUUACAGCCCAACAGAGAACGUUGGAGGGGGAAUGACACAGGCCAAGGAGCAUGUUCGCCGUAACCGACAGAGCCGCACCUUUCUGGUGGAGAAUGUCAUAGGAGAGCUCUGGUCUGAACUCACUGAAGGCGACCGUUAUGUGGUUGUGGAUUGUGGAGGCGGGACAGUGGAUCUUACGGUGCAUCAGAUCCAAAUGCCUGAGGGGUAUCUGAAGGAACUGUAUAAAGCCUCAGGAGGCCCGUAUGGUUCUAUCGGAAUAGAUUAUGAGUUUGAGAAGCUCUUGUGUAAGAUAUUCGGGCAGGAUUUCAUUGACCAGUUUAAGAUCAAGCGUCCUGCUGCAUGGGUGGAUCUGAUGAUUGCGUUUGAGUCUCGUAAGAGGGCGGCGGCACCUGACCGAAGCAAUCCACUAAAUAUUAAUCUGCCCUUCUCUUUCAUCGACUACUACAAGAAAUUCAGAGGACACAGCGUGGAGCAUGCACUAAAGAAGAGCAAUGUGGACUUUGUGAAGUGGUCAUCGCAGGGCAUGCUUAGGAUGAAUCCAGAUGCAAUGAAUGCACUGUUCAAACCAACUAUAGACCACAUUAUACAGCAUCUGAUGGAGUUAUUUGAAAGACCGGAAGUGACAGACAUCAAGUUUCUUUUCCUGGUGGGUGGAUUCGCUGAGUCUCCACUACUCCAGCAGGCAGUUCAGGAGAUGCUUCAGGGCCGUAGCCGAAUUAUUAUCCCACAUGAUGUGGGUUUGACCAUCCUGAAGGGGGCGGUGUUGUUCGGCCUGGAUCCCAGCGUCAUAAAGGUGCGCCGCUCUCCUCUCACUUAUGGCGUGGGCGUCCUGAAUCGUUUCAUAGAAGGGAAACACCCACCAGAGAAGAUGCUUGUGAAGGAUGGAACACGCUGGUGCACCGACGUCUUCGAUACAUUCAUCUCUGCUGAUCAGUCAGUUGCACUGGGUGAAACGGUAAAACGCAGCUACACGCCCGCAAAGCCUUCACAGCAGGUGAUUGUGAUUCAUGUAUAUUGCUCGGAAAAAGAGUCAGUCAGCUUCAUCACGGACCCAGGUGUAAGAAAGUGUGGUUCACUGAAGCUGGAUGUGAGUGGUACUGAGAGUCCAGCAGCACGAAGAGAGAUCCAGACACUCAUGCUGUUUGGAGACACUGAGAUAAGAGCUAUGGCUGUCGACGUGGCAACCUCUCGCAGUGUCAAAUCUAGCAUCGAUUUCCUUAGUCAAUAGGAGAAGAGGGGGAAUUAGUAAAUGAUACACAGCAAAAAUUAUUUUCUUAAUAAGUAUUUGUGUCUUGCUUCCCAGUUAAAAUAUAUCUAAACAUCCUUUAAACAAGAUAACUUUACUUUUGUGUGUGCAAUGUCUAUCAAAUAAUUUUUAAAAACCCUUAUCCAGUAAUCAUUAACGAUUGAAAAACUCCUGGAAAUUCAUUGUUCAAAAGGUGUGAGAAUUUAGCUUAAAACAAGGAAAAAAAUCUAUUUGCCAAUGGGUAAGAAAGACAAACUUGCGUCCUAUUAUGUUAUCCAUUUUUUGCUUUAAGUAAUUUAUCUUGUUUUAAGUGGUAAUACAUACUGUAUAUAUUUUUACUGGAAAACAAGACAAAAUAGCGAUAAAGCAAAUGAUCUUUGCUGUGUAGAAGGACAGAGAAAAAGAAAGAAAAAGAGAGAAAGAGAAAUUAAGGUUUGGAUUCUCAACUAAUGCACAAUAAUCACCGACCCUCCAUGUGACCGUUGCUUGAAGUAUUUGUGCCAUUCUUUAUAUUUUAUUUGGUUGUUUCUUUUUAUAGAUUUCACAACUGGACUCAAGAAAGAAUUUGUCAUAUCUGGCAUACAGGGCUAAGCCUAAGUUGAGUUAUAUAUAAAUUAUGUCUUUUUUUACAUAUCAGUUAGGUUUUAUACGUUCACUUCAUCUAGGCUCAGCCAAUUAUUCUCUGUAUGCAUCUAUUAAUAGUCUAUUUGCAGUACCUUAGUGGCUAUUUUAUGCACAGAGAUGCAAAAUCUGCAUGGAUAGAGCUAAAAAUACAGCUGUGUAUUGCUAGAAGUUCUAGUUUGGGAUAGCACCACGUAGGAACUUAGCAGGUCAGCAUAGUGCUAAGUUCAGGUUAAGUCAGCUACAUCAGUCUUAUAAACACAUCAUGGCAGAAAAUAGAAUAUUUCUCUCUCAUGAAACUCCCUGCUUUGCUAUUAAACUUUGAUCUGUUACCUCCAAGGCUCAGUCCAAAACCUGUUCAAUCAUUUAGAUCAUAAUGAAGAUGUGAAAUCAUGUUUUCAGAUGGCUUUGGCUACACCAAUUUAUGAAUUCCAUAUUAAAGUCAUGGCAUGGGAUGAAACCUCAAGUCUCAGUCAGACAGAUGCAGAAAAUCUGGUUCAUAUGUUCCUCAUCUCAAUCAGAAUCUUUGAAAAAGAGCUCUGAAGAGAGAGACUGGUACCUCUCAGAACCACUGAUCAAACCUGAGCUACCCAUGACAAAGAUGCUGAUGCCUGUGACAAAAUAACCUUCAGUUUGUCAGCUAGUGCUACAGAACUACACAGCAAAAAUCUCAACUUUCAACUCUUUUCAACUUGGUUUUAUGUUUUUAUUCUAAUAUUUGCUGAUUUUUAAUUUUUUUGUGUGUUACAUCAUUUUUCUCUUCCUGCUUUUUUUUUUUUUUUUGUGUCAAGGCAUGUUAUGAAAUCAUGAGAUCUGGACACGUACAGUGACUCCAUUUGGCUUGCUGGUAGAAACGUGUUUUUAAAGGGAGAUUGAGGGCGGCCUUUCUUUCUUCAUAAAUUUCGACACAUCUUUUCAUAUUAUCUUCCAGUAUGUUGCUCUAAGUUAAAUGAGAAUGCUUAAAUCCUAAAAUGUGAAGUUAAAUCAUUCAAAGUGGCAAUGAAAGAGAAGGCGCCAGCUGCACCUGCAACAUGAUUUUAAACGAUAGCCAUCACAAUAUUCUAGUUGCCUUUAAUCCUGCUUCUAAGAAAAAGAAGCCAAUGAUCAUUUUUUCCUGUUUUAUUUGUAUUUUUAUUUAGUUUCAUGAAGAAUAAGUGACAAAUUAAAAUAUGUUUAUUUCUGUAUAUACAGUAUUUAAAGUUAUUGUACAGAUUUUUUGCAUUAUUUUAGCAUUAGCGGGUUUAUGAGCUGUGUAUGUAUGCAGGCUUCAAGAAGACACUUUUUUCACUCUCACCAGCCUUCCUAUGAAUUGUAAAUGCAGAUAUCACCCUAAUUCAAAUUAUAAUCCCAUGCCACACCCAAAAUGAAACCUACCUUAAUCUCGACCUAAAUGCUAAUGAAGACCCUUAAAUAAUUCCUUUUCCAAUUUUAAUGCCAUAGGUAGGCCGAAACAUAAUCCAUUAAUCCCCAACUGAACCCCAAUGAAGAACCUAAAACAAUCCCAAUACCAUACAAGAUUUAAACAUAACCCUUACUUCAAUCCCAACAUAAACCCCUACAAAGACCCUAAAAUAAUUCCAGUGCCAUACUAAGAUUGAAACCUAGUAUUUGCUUUAAUCCCAACCUGAAGCCCGUCGAAGACCAUAAAAUAAUCCCAAUCCCAUACCCAGAUUGAAACAUAAUCUUUACUUUAAUCUCAACAUGAACUGCAAUGAAGACACUGAAAUAAUCUCAGACCCAGUGCCAUAACAGAUUGAAUGCUAAUCUUUACUUUAACCCCAACUUUAUACCCAAAUGAAGACCCUAAAAUUAUCCCACUCCCAAUGUCAUACCCUGAUUGAAACCUAAUCUUUACUUUAAUCUCAACCUGAACCUCUAUGAAGACCCUAAAAUAAUCCCAAUCCCAGCACCAUACCCAGAUUGAAACCUAACCUUAUACCCCUAUGAAGACCCUAAAAUAAUCAAAAUUCCAAUGCCAUACCCAGAAUGAAUGCUUAUCUUUACUUUAAAACCAACUUGAGCCCCAAUGAAGACCCUAAAACAAUGCCAAUAGCAUAAUCAGAUUGAAACACAACCCUUAAUUGAAUCCCAUCCUGAACCCCUUCGAUGCCCCUAAAAUAAUUCCAAUGCCAUACCAAGAUUGAAACAUAGUAUUUACUUUAAUCUCAACAUGAAUUCCAAUGAAGAUCCUAAAAUAAUCCUAAUCCCAAUGCCAUACCCAGAUUUAAACCUAUUCUUUACUUUAAUCUCAACAUGAACUCCAAUGAAGACCCUAAAAUAAUCCCAACCCCAAUGCCAUACUCCGAUUGAAUGCUAAUGUUUACUUUAAACCCAAACUGAACCCCAAUGAAGCCCUAAAACAAUCCCAAUGCCAUAACCAGAUUGAAACCUAACCCUUACUUUAAUCCCAAUCUGAACCCCAAUGAAGACCCGAAAAUAACCCCAAUGCCUUACUCAGACUGAAAAUCAUGAAUUUAAUCCCAACCUGAACCCAGAUGAAGACCCAAAAAUAAUCCCAUUCCCAAUUACGAAAUUCUAAUUCAUAUUUCCUAAAUCCAAUCUCAAAUGCACAUAGCCAAAAGAUGAUUGAUUGUUUGAGUCGCCUCUGUUUUUAGAAAAUACAGCAAAGAUCAUAAGACUUGAAAACCUUUGACCUUAACUUUACUGGUGGAUAUCAUUUGAACUAAAUAUUAAAGAAGUGUAAUAUUUUGGUGUGGGGAGAUGAGGUGACUGAUAAUUUUGUGUGCAGGCCAGUAUUUGCUUUGGAAGAAUAGAGUGCACCAAUACACAGCAACCCCUUAGCUGCAUUCAAAAUGAUACCGCGUGAUGAAAUAAUGAAAUGAAAGUAAUAAAAGUUUUGCAAUGUGAUGUCCCACCCUUAACUCCAGUUUACUCCACCAUUGUAUUCUGCCAGUGUUAAGUCUGUGUGUGAAAGCUUUAGCUGCAAAUGUAUAAUGUUGCAGUGGAAUAUAUAUUAACAUUUUUAGAUCAUUGAUGGUACCUGAACAUCAUUUUAUGAAAACAUCUUGCAUUUUAUAUUUUUGUUUUUCUUUAACACUGUCUUUAAAAAGUCAGCAUGAGAAUCACUGUAACUCAGUGUUAUUAUUAUAAUGAAAAAAGUAUUCAGAUUUAGCUUUUGAAAAAACUGCUUUAUGCAAAUAUCUAUCCUUAUAUUUGCAUUGCGUUCCAGUGCAAGACAUGAAGCACCUGAUGUCAACAGCAAAAUAAUUAUUCUCAUUCAGCUCAAUUAAACUUUGCAUAAUAACACAGACAUAACGUUGGAUCAGUAGAACACUUGGAAGGGUGACAUUACUUUUCCUCUUAUAAAUCUUUCAAUCCAUUUAUCCGGCAAGGUAUGAUCAAGAUCAAGUUUAAAAUGCCAUCAAACUAUAUAAUGUUAAUGAAAAAAAACAAAAAACAAAAAAAAAAAAAACAA